UUCUUCAGUCACUCCACCCAAACACACAACCACUUCACCCCUGUCUAGACCCAUCACCACAACUACAAGCACAACUCGCACAACCAUUCCCCAAACUGGUUCUGUCCCUACAGGGACCACCAUAAAACCCACAGGCCCUAGCACUGCUGGGAUAAUGUCAACCACUGGCACACAAUCAGGCACACACACUCAGCACAGCACAACCAUUCCUUCCUCUUUCCCAACAUCCACCACUCUCCCUCACACAACAAUGACCUCCUCAUCUGUCCCUUCCAGCUCACAAACAUCUACUACACUCACCACGGCAACCGUGAAGGGUACCACUGGGACCACGCCAACUGGGACUCCCUCCCCAUCCUCCCACAGAACUACAUCUUUACCAAGCCCAGCCUUCUCUGGAACUACCAGUCCCGCUCCCUCCCCUAGCCUUUCUGUCACAUCAGCCACCACUCGUCACCACAGCAUUGCCCCCCUCACCAGCAGCACAGCUAAGGUUACUUUACGCCAUACCACUGCAGCACAACACAGUACAAGCAUUCCUUCAACUUUCCCAACAUCCUCCUCUUCCCUGUCUCAAUGACUUCCUCAGCCAUCCCGUCUUCCAUGCACACCUCUUCCAUCACUCUGUCCAAACCCCCUGCCACCGUCCCCUCUGUGUCCACCCCUUUGCCCUCCUCUCCCCUGCCUUCUUCCCCUUCCACCACCUCAUUUCCUGGGACCAAACCCUUUUCCUCCCCUCUCAGCUCUGUCACUUCUGUCUCGCCGUCAAGCCACAGAACCCACUCCCAUCUCACCUCUUCCAGUGCAGCCCUUCCUUCCUUUAGCACAGAAAGCUUUACUUCUGUCCCCCCCAUUUCUUCCCAUGUGACUCAGUCCUCUCCCUCAUCACUACCCUCUCCUGCCUCCUUAGGCCCAACUAGCUCCCUGACCAGCCUCUCCUCCCCCGCCUCCACAUUUGAACCCCCAGUCCGGACAACUCUGAUUUCUCCUGUGCCCACCCCAAGCCUCCACCCCCCAUCUAGCACCGUGUCUGAGACCACUUCGGCGGUGCUUCCCAAUGUGUCCAUGUCUACCGCGUUUCGAACCAGCAGCCCCCCUGGCACGGGCUCUCCACCCACCCCGUCCUCCAUCUCCUCCCCUGGGACCAGUUCUGCCUCAGCUUCUCCCCCCCACAGCCUUUCAGCCUCCUCCCCUGUGUUUUCCACCAUUCUCACCACGCCUGUGUCCACCUUCUCCCCCUUACCCAGCAGUCCCACUGUCCCCUCGCCAGGGACGGCUUCAUCAUCUGCCCCUCAGCCCACCACCCCCACUUCCCACCCAUCUCGGCCCUCUGUCCCCAGCUCGUCUCCACCUGCUCCUGCUUCCACAACCCCCAUGGCUGUGUCUACUCCGAGAACUUCCUUCAGCACCCCAGCUCUCCCCACUACUUCCAGCCGGUUUACCACAUCCCAGUCGACUGUGCUCACCACUUGGGUCUCCACGCCGAUCGGAUUCACGCCCUUCCCUUUGUCCACCACAAGCCUGACCUCAGCCCCUCCAGCCCCGUCCACAGUUCGGACCACCAUGCUCCCGACCAGCUCCGCCCCAGGGCCUUCCAGCUCAGUCUCCUCCCCAGCCAGCACCUGGCCCUCCGGCUCCACGGCCGGUGCCUGCAGUGUGAAGGAGUACGUUGAAGAGAUUACCUUCCAGGGCUGCACGGCCAACACCACUCUGACCCGCUGUGAAGGAUUCUGCCCCUCCUCCUCCAGAAUCAAUCCGAGUACCUUGAAGAUGGAGACGGGCUGCGGCUGCUGCCAUCCGCUCACCACCUACACCAAAGACCUCCCGCUUCACUGUCCAGACCGAGGGACGCUCGUGGUCCAAGUGCAGAUGUUCAGCAGCUGUGUGUGCAAUUCCCAGCGCUGCGCACCCUGAUGGCGAUGUCUGCGCGCUGCCACGGGUGCUCGGGGUCCACUGGGAACCGCAGGCUCUUGUGCCCCAAAUCAGCAGCACAGCAAGUGCGCCCGCCCUGCUCUGGGGCUCUGACCCUCACCCCGCGGCUGCCCAGAUGGGGUCAUUUGGACGCUCUCCUUGGACAACUUCCCCCAAACUGACUAAAGGGAAGGAGGACCUUGUCAUUUCUAACCCUCUCGGAAUGAGACUGGGGUCAGGCUGGCCCUGAGACAGAGGCGGGGUGCUGGCACCUGGACCCUAGAAGAAAAGGGGCUGGUGCAGGCUGGGCCCCAGCGCACCUGCCCCCCUCCCUCCACCAGGACGGUGCCUCCGAUUUCUGUAUUUUAAGGGUUAGAUGUAAAUUUUUUGAAUAAAAAAUCUUUGCUAGAUUAAUCAAA